AUGGCGGACUUUUCUCUUGUCCCCGGCGGGCAUGGCCACAACUACACUGGGAUGCUCACGAGAAGCAUCGUAUUCUCCGGGGCUCUCUUUGUGUUUCUGGUUGCAUCUGGAUUGACAAUUGCGUCCAUCGUCGUCCCCGAUUGGAUAUCAUACGACGGCACCAAGAACAUCCAUUAUACGUACGGCCUCCAUCGAAAAUGCUCCAAUACUAAUAUCCUGCCUCCGACCGACUCCUACACGGGCUCCACGUCCCUGCAUUGCGUUCAAUUCCCCCGGUACAAUGAUUGUCGAGGAGAAGAUAGAUACUUCUGCAGCAUGUGGAGGUCGGUGGGGUUCCUGAUGUCCUUUGCGGUGGUGCUGGAAGGCAUGACACUGGUGGCAUUCGCAAUCCUACUGAUUGGAGGCAAGCAGAAGAGAGAACAAGGCUGGGGUGUGCUCACCAUUCUGGUGGCCGUGGCGGCAUUCGUGCAGGCCCUUGGAAUGGCAUUGAUGGCAUACUUGUACGAGAACGACGAACGGUUUUUCAUCGGCUGGUAUCUAGACAAGAGUUGGACCAUGUGUACAGUGUCGUGGAGUCUCGAGGCCUUGUGUGCGAUUGCCAUCACAUUAGCCGCUGUGGUGCUUCCGAGCGAAGGGGGCUAUGAGUUGAUUCCUGAUCAUGAUCAUGCUUAA